UUCACUCUCGUUCGUUCGUCGUGAUCGCGUUCAGAAAGUCGUCCCAAUUAUUCCCCAUCGUUUUCUACUAAAAAAUCAGGAAGAGAUUGGAAAAUGUAUACAUUUAACAGUUUACUAAUCCCCGCGAUGUAAAACAAGCGUUUCUACAGAUUAAGUUAUUUGGAAGACAGAAUUUGAAAAAUUCCGGUUUCCGUCUGUGUUGUGUGCAAAAGAAAAGCUCUGAAAAAUAAUUGGUGGAGAGAGUUUUCCUCAAAAUAACACCACAGUGUUAACCAAGGUGGAACAAGUAUGAAAACUCCGUGAUUGUGUAUUUAUAAUCUCCGCGUCGCGUCCCGCAAUCGAGUGUAGGUAUAGAAAGAUGUACCUAAUCCAAGCCAGGUAUUAGACAAAUACGCGAAAGAAAAUCAACGGUGUGUGUUAGUGGUGAGCCCCCAAAGGAGGAGGGCAAAUCCGAGAUUGAAUCAAAAUCUGCACUACAGCUAAGCGAAAGGGGUCGGGACGGCACGGCAGUUUAGUGUUUAUGUGGAAUGGAUAAGCAGUGGUAGUGAAUCAUCGCGGAUGUCUAUGACAGCACAAAGUGAGUCUGACUAAAACUAUCAUCUUGCAUUGAGGAAAGAAUUUCAGCAGAACAAAAGUGCUUUGCUUAGUGAAAUCCAAACUCCAAUGUCAUCCAUCGCAGCACUUCCAAUGUGUUCCACUGCUGCCAGCGUAGUCGCAGCCUCCGUUUUCGAGGAGCAGCUACCAAUCUCCUUGUUGGUGCACAAAAAUAAUAAAAGUUAGGGGAAAGGAAGCUAUCGGUGGUAGUGCAUUGGGAGGACAUUGGAGAAAAUACCAACUUGUGUCACAGUUUGGGAAUAAACCGACGCCGAAGACAGAGGAAUGCUGCAGCUGGCAGAAUUUGCUGUGAGCAGCUUCUGGAUCUACUGCACCCUAUCGGUUGUCCUCAUGGUGACCCUGGUGACGACUCUGGCAUCGUGCCUCUGCUGCCGGAAGCAAGAGAUCAAAAAUGAUCUGCUCGGCUUGGAAGGAAUGGUGAAGCUAACCAACCCGGAGGACACCCUCACCAGCCAGGGAUCGACGGCAGGCGGCGACACUGGUGGCGCUGGAACCGGUUCUGGUACCGACCAGCCGGAUCGCAGCGAACCGGAAACUAUUAAUAAAAGGGCUUCCAAUGCACCACAUCGUAGUUUACCGGAUAUUCCGGUAGUAGAGCCGGUUGGCGAUAACAACUCCGAACUGUACGCAACGGUUGGUGAUAAAGUUCAGGAUCUACCCCAAGGUAGAAGUCCUACAUCUAGUUUGAAAAAGCAGGCCAGUGUUUCGCAACACAGUUCUAUUAGCCAGGCAGAUGAUAUAAGUUCACCAUAUGCGAGAGUCCGAUCGCCACCACAUGCUUACGAUAAGCUUCGUAGGACCGAGCACCCGUACGCCCAAGUCGUCCAGCCAGGGACCAGUGGUUCAACGGCGCAAGUUGCUGUUACCGUAGAUGACGAACUGUUGAGUCCUAUCUCGCGACGAGGUCUAUCUAGCGGUGCCGCAGGAAAUGCCGGAGGAGAAUGCAAUCAAAGCUUGCUGGACGAGCGAGAGGCUUCUACUAUAGACAUUCCCGCAGCCUCAGCUAUUGCUGGGCGGGUCUCUGCAAGUCAAGACCUACCUUACAUGACUCCUCCUAUUGUACAACAGCCACAGCAACACUUUAGCGGUGAUUCUCAGGAUUCUUCAAAAGGUUACACCAGUAUUAGCGUCCGAGAACCGUUAGCGAAUCUCUUACCUCAAUCUCAGAAUCAAACCACCGCACAAAGGCGCCAGAUAUUGGGCGACUCCCACUAUGCCACUGUCUCAGACGAUUCUGACGAGAUGUACGCUGCUAUCGACGAUCCCAAUAACCAGGGCGACCUUUAUACCAGUGGCUCGGAGACCUACGCUCAAAUCCAGCCUCCCAAUAUGGUGACCGUUUCAGUUGAGAUCAACACCGGGGCAUCCAGUCGGCCAUCAGCUGGAAUGCCGCAAGAAGAUUCAUUAGACGCACUGCAGCCAUUGCCGAUGAACUCCUCAACAAAUGCAAUAUCAACAAACAUUCACAAUCGUCUGAGUGCCAACAGCGGAACGUUAGAUGAGGCGUCGUGUCAGCCUCAACCACCAUCGACGGAUACCCUCAGAACUCAUCAGCCGCAUCCUUCAUACGCGCACUCGCGUCAAGCCAGUAGUUCUAGCUGUACGAGCUCUGUGGGAAAUCUUGGGUCUCCAAAACCGGAGAAACGACAGGCGAACUCCCCUCUCCCGCCGACACCAAAGAACCUGAAGCAUCAAUCCACUAACAGUUUCUUUAGCAACUCGAACCUCACCUCGAUCAGUUCGAACACUUCUACGCAAACUGGUCAGUCCGGGCGGAAUUCGGCUGCGUCUGUUAUCGAGUACAAGAGCUCCCGGGAGAAUGUGUCCGGGCCCAAGGAUGACGUGACGCAACAACACCAACAACCAAACGGUUCUGCAAUCAAACCGAAGAAGAGUCCUUCAAAGGAUCUGGAGGGAAUGUACGCCAAGGUCAUGAAAAAGAACAAACUUUCAAAAGCACCCUCUCAAAAUUCGAGUCCAGUACCAACGCGAAAAGACGUUGGAACUGCUCUACUGGCGGACGCAGAGCAAUUCUUGUCGGAUCCCGAGCUAAUCCAACUGAACGGCGCUGGUGGGUCUGUACAUGGAUCACCAAGUAAAAAACCCCUCAGCUCUGGUGGCAACGACUACGAAACCAUCGAUAAAAAGCAAAUCCGUCAUAAUAAGCAACAACACGAUCCGGGCUACGAAACUAUCCCAGGUGACAACAUCAAUGGUAAGGCAGAGCUUAGGAAAUCCGCCGACUAUGCACAAAUUCAUAAACGCAGCACUAAUUUAGCGGUGGCGCAGGGCAUUCAAAGUGUAUCAAGAAAUUCACUGGAAAUCUUCCAUGGACUUGACAAAUCUACUGACGGUGAACCUGGCUACGAAAGUCUUCCUAGUAGCAAUGAUCCAGGUUAUGAAACGCUCAACAGAAAAGGCGGCGAGUCGGACUCUGACCCAAAUUACGAAAUUCUAAGACCGGCGAGGAACAAUGAUGGGUACAGUAGCAUCAGAGAUCCGCGAUCUGCCAAAAACCGAUUAAAUUUCGGAAAGGAUGACGAUGCGGACAGUACACCGGGUUACAGCAGUAUAAAAGAAAGGGUCGAUUAUGAUCCGGGUUACAGUGUGAUAACAGAAAAGAAGAAAUCCGUAGUUGUCCAUGAUUACGCGAGUAUCACAGAAGAAACGAAGCGAAAAAAGCAAAACCUAAACAACAACAAUUUGGAUCCAGGUGAAGACUCGGAUAUUUACUCAAGCAUCACCAACGCUCCGCUCGCUAUAAAUUCGUCUUCGAUAGUUUCAAGUUCCAGCAACAACUAUUCAACGAUUCCUGAACCAUCCAACCUGACAUCGUCGCCCGGUUAUUCAAGCAUCUCGGAAACACGUACCACUCCUUCCACCGAUAGCACUAGCUCGCCGGAUAAUCUCAUAGGGUACACCAAGCAGCACAAUACGGUCACCAACAACAGCAACAGUCGACUUUCUUCCAACUACGAAUCUCUGACCGGGAGCGAAUCGGAUCCGAACUACGAAUCCGUCAAGUAUCUCAACGUGAAAGAAAACCCCUACGAACGGCUGCACAACGAACCGUCCUCGGGCCAAACGCCAUCGACGGCUGGGCCUUCAUCGAAUGAUUCACUGUCAAAAUCGGCUUCGACGGAUUCGGCGACACCGGGUGCCACCGAAGAUACCGGCUCGGUGACUCCCUCGGCCGGGCCGGCCAUCAGUGCAGCGAAAACGCCGUCGGUGUGCGAGCUGGAAGCCACCGGCGUCAGUGACUACUUCCAAGUCUGAUUCAUUCCCACUGUGUUGGGAUCGUUGCAACUACCACGGUAACGAGCGUGAGAGCGUAAGUACUCCUGUCUGUAUUUAUUUUUUAGUUAGAUGAGUACGUAUAUUUCCACCCGUACGUUUGGAAAUGAUGUUUAGUAUAUUGUCAUGCAGUAAGCCGACUCCAACACAAGUAUAUUUAUACUAUAUUGAUUACUAAUAUUAUGACAUAGGUUAAUAUUCAGUGAUAAGUGACAGAUGAUUAAUAUAUUCCAAAUGCAGCUUAGAAUUAAAUUUAGGCUUAGGGUUCUUUCGAAUCUAGGAUCGAUGGAUUAUGCAUGAGGUGGGUUGAUUUGGAGAGGUGUAUGAAAUAUGACAUGAGCAGUAUGAUAAGUUAGGUUUUAUAAUUAUCAUUCUUUGCUGGUAAUGAAUUUCCCAGUUACAGCCUUUUGAUAUCGCAUGUAAUGCAAAGAUAGAUUAUCGGUUCGAAUAUUAAAUCCGCUCUAACCUCAAUUUCCAAUUUAAUAACGACACCCUUUGACAAUAUGAUACAAAUGAAUCAAUUAUUUUAUCGAAUUGGACAUAUAAUUGGUAGUGUUGUUUAAUAGUAAUAUGUUGAUUGGAGGUUCGUUUUUGUUGAAACCGUCGUUCUUAUCGCCGAUAGGAAUUUUACCCAGUGCUUUUUAUCGGAACAAAUCCGAUAUAUAAUUUAUGCAAUAGUUUAUGUCUGGUAAUAAAUUGUUUGCGUUAAGCAAAACUGUAUUACUUCUCUUGUCUUGAUCUUGUGUUAUUAGCAGGGAUUAAUCCAGAGAGAACUAAUCUCUCACUCUUCAUCCCGAUGUACACUCACAAUAUGUAGCACGUUGUGAAAGGUGUUUUUUGCAAGCUGUUACAAACAUUUUAUAUGAUCAAUUUUUUUAAAUAAAAACAUUAAUUUCAGAUGCACCGGUGCUGAUGAAGCAUUUUAACUAGUUUUACUACACAGCUGUUAAAAAAACGUAAACCCCAACGGAAAAUGAUUGAGAAUGAAGAGUUGUAUCAAAGCUUGUCGAUGAAGACCUUUCUUCCAUUUCAUUUGUGUCCGUAUGUACUUGUUUGCGAUAUCCAGCUGGGUUCCAGUCUAAUACUUGUUUACAGAUUGGAAUAAUUUGUUUGAGAAACUGUAAUAGGUAUAUCCAUUUUACACAAUUUCAAGAAAACAACAAAAAAAAACUGUUUUUGAACAAAAUGGCACCGAAUCUUUCGAUUUUUUUGAUACAGAUCAAUAGUUUUCCGCAAAACUCAAACUCAACUCCCUGGAUUAUAAUUGCUCUUCAAAGUGCGUGUACAUGUCAAGACAAAAUUUUCAAAACGACUUAUCUGCUUUUGUAAAAAAAAUCAAACGUCGGUUUGACGAAUUUGAUAUAGCACUUUGACGCAAACCUAGUUUCUCAAAAAAAAAAGAAAAGUAUUUCAUACAUUCCCGAGCAAAACAUUUUUUUUUCGUAUUUUUUUGCGAGAAUACAGCUGAAAUGUGUUCCAGUUAUUUAAUUUUUCAAAUUUAGUGAAAACUAUACCUUUUUCUCUAUGUUGAUUUAUUUUGAGUAUUCGUAAAAAAAAACAUUAUUUAAUGUCUCUUUUGAGAACGCAAACAUUAAUUUAAUAUUGUUCUUGAUGCAUUGCAUAUUCAUCAGGAGAAAAAAGAAAAACAAACUGUUUCCAAUCAUCGGCGCGAAAGGGUGCGCGGUGCGCCUUUCGGCAAAGCACAGCCCGACACAACGAUCAAGUCUAACCGAACGAAGGUGCGUCGCGUCGUUGAUUGUUCUUGCAGCGCGUCGAACGGGUUUGACUCCUGCGCGCAUAGCAGAACUUGCAUCUAAACGUGCUUGCUUCGCAUGCGAAAGAGGAUGAUGUGAGAAAACAGAGAAAGCUGGCAACGCUCACGCUGGUUCUCUGCGCGCGGAGAACGAGUGAGCAUACCAAGGAGGAAAUUAUUUCAAAUCAUUUGUCAUGGCGCAAACUUCUGGCAGCGCUGCUGUUGGUUCUUCAUUAUAGAUCGUACGACUGGCAAAAGCUUUCAAUGUGAUGGGGUGUGGUUUUUCAGAGAAACACACAUUUGGCUGCAAUUUGACUGAACGCCAAGCAUGUGGCGUUAACUUGAUCUGCCUAUGAAAUAUUUUGUUUCUUUAGAUGUUUAGAUGUUAAAAUCAUUGGAAAUAUUACGUGAAGCUUUGUUUAAAAAAUUUACUGAGUAAAUUAUUUAUAUUUUAAAAUUAAUUGCCAAGACAUUAUUUUCUUGCUUCUGACCUAAAAACGGUUACCUGUUCCAUGAACAGGUAGAACGUAUGAACGAGUCGCCCCUGAUAGCACAGCAUAGAAUUAAGCAAUUCGCACAAAUUCGUAGGUGGUACGUGGUACAAGCCACGACUAUUAUAUGAGAGUAGCAUCACUUUCAUCCGUUACCACAGACAUUGAUUUGGGACUAAUCACUAUCUCUUAGACGGAAGCAAUGCACCUUCCAAUAGUCGAGAUCUGUCCUGGCCACGUCCUUGCGAAUGCUGAGGAAGGGGAAUGGUGGUUUGUUGUACACCUACUUAAGAAAGAUGUAGAGAACUCUACGACCUCUCAUAGGUGCCACGGGAGGUUUUGGGAUUGUGUGGAAGGUUAUAACAGUAGGAAUCGUUUUGGUAGAACGUGAAAGACAGAAAGAAUUAAGAUAGAAAUACAAAGUAGGAAAGGGACGAGCCUGGAAUUGAACCCACGACCUCCUGCUUAAAAGGCAAAAGCAGUAGCCAAUAGCCACCGAGCCACCGAGCUCGUCAUUUUGGCCAAAAAUGUUACAUAUGCAGUUUAUCAAACAAAUAGUUCAUUUAGUUUCGGCCCCUACGUAAACUGUGGCCUACCCGCAUCACUUUCUUAUUUCAGCUGUUAUCGGCCUAUGGUGGCAAACGCGAUUGAGCUCGGUGUUUGAGAUCCAAUUGUGAGGCCACCAGGCCCAAAUUAUCUGUUGAUGUAGGUCAUGUGAGGCUCUAAACAAUGUUCUUGGGACCUAGGAUUGCUGGGUUGUUAGACUCAAGUUAUCUAUACUCAUUUGGGUGUCAUUAUCAAUUUCAACGAAUCCACCUCGAUCAUUACCCACCGAUCGCUAAGCUUCGCAUAUAUGAGGAGUGAGAAUAAUGAAACCCUACAUUAUGUACUGAAGAGCUAGUGCAGUUCGUCUUUUAUGAGGAAAUUAGUUGUUUUAAAAUAAGUGAAUAAUAUUAAUGUGUCGACGGAAACCAAUAUACUGAUAUUUAUUACAACUCGUAAAAACCAGUAAGCGAAUGACAAGAUGUAAAAUAUGGAAAACAAUUAAUUGUAUUAAUUCUGGUUCGAAACAUUGCCCACCCAUCAGUAAUUUUCAUUAAUAUACACAACCACUAUCACAAUUAUACACACACAACUUAAGAACAAAAUAAAGUAAGGAAAUUUUUACACUUUCCAACGAAUGGCAAGGAGCGUGCAAGCAAGUAUUAUAAAGUAACUAACACACACCGAUCGCCAAAUGAGAAUCAUUUUCAGAAAAUGAUGAUAUAAUUAUUUAUUAUCUGAAACAGAAACCCCAUGGAAACUACACUGCGUAGUAGAAUGAUUUAUUGUUAUUGGCUUUCCACCCGUGUCCUUUGGGGUUUUCUCAUGGGAAUACCAAAUCUCAAAAAUAAGAGAAUAAAAAUGUUUUCGGAAAUAUGUGGCACGUGGCCUCAAUUGUUA